AUGACUCAAAUCGCAGAUAUGGAGAGGACCAUUUUUGACUUCUAUUUUCCGGCAUACGGAAGCUUAUAUUACAAGAAGGACCUUGACAGGGAAACCCAGAUCCCAAUCAUAGAUGAUUUUGUUAUUGGUCCUGUAUCAACCCGGCAGUUUUGGCAUGGCGAACGAAGCAAAACAGAAAUUGACCGUGGACCCUGGCUUUUACCCGUGGACUGUGUUACCUCCGCGGCUCGCCGAGAGAUGGCCGUCAUUGAGCGUCAUGCUAAACCUCAGCCUCGGCAGACAUUCCUUCUACUAACUAACUAUAAUAUUGAUCCCUCUGAGCAUACCUCUUUACUUUCGCGAUUCCUACGUUUGGCGCCUCAUUUAAUCUCACCGGGCUCUUCUAGCGCUCCUACGCUAAGACACCCCGAUUUGAACCUGAGCAACAUUUUAUUGGCUCCUGGAUCAUCCAAAAUAUCGGACUCUGUGAUAUUCCCACGCUUUAUGCAAGCGGGCUAUCCCACAUUUUGUGAGCACGACUCAUCUCAGCCUCAAAGUUUGCAGAUUCCAUCGCUUCCCGAUGAUUUUGAUAAGCUGGGUAUCGACGAACAAAGAUAUUACAAGGCCAUAUUUCGCUUAGAAGAGGCCAACCUCUACUACACAGCUGCGACGGGUGUACACAAUGACGAACACACGAAGGUGUUGAAAAUUCCUCAUCUCGGAAUGCAGCAGUAUCUGCUUCGCCAGACAGGGUAUCCCUGGGAUGCAGACGUAAUCAACCUACGUGCUGCGCUAGUAGGCAUCACAACACCGUCGGUAUGGGGCAAGAUUUCCUCAGAAACUUGUCCGGUUGCGUUUAGCGAUGAAGAACGAGAGGCUGCGAUGGCGGAAUCUCAAGAAUGGAACGAGUUUGAACAGCUCUUGUCGCGGGUUAGAGAACACCUCAAUAUCGAUCUUGAAGGCGGGACCGAGCCGGAUAACUUUGAGAGGGCAAUGGAGGGCAAUCGCCAGUUUCGUAUGGAAAUGCUCAAUCAAGCAGAGGUGGGCCAGCAGGAGCUUUGUUGGCGUAAUUGGCCGUAUAAGGAUGAACAUGAUGACAGCAUGCCUCCUCUCGGGGAUAGCUACCUUUUGUCGAGAAUAUUCGAACCGGGGAGAUCAGGUCUUUUAUGUUCGGCGACAGAUAGUCGGACAGAACGGCAUACAAUUGCGGCGCCAACCCGGGAACGGCAAAACUCCCCGAAUCUAAUAAAUCACAGCUCCUAA